CGGACGGGUCUCGCGGUUCUUGCGCCAUCCUCGCCUUUCAUUGGCUGCGACUGACCUCUCGUGUUGCCUUACGGUGGCCAAUGAAAUCGGGCCAUCCGGACUAGAGUCGGAGGAGCGGUGGUGGCUAAGGUAACAGUUACUCUGUCUUCAGCAAGCAAGUUGAGACUGAAUUCUGGAAUUUGUUUUCUCUGCCACGUGUCAAUAAUAAGCAAGAACUUAUAUUAAAUGGAAGAUAAGUAAAGGGUCCUCCAACUUGCUGCUGGUUUGGGUCUGGCAGAGCGCUGUCUUCAGCACCUCAUCAUGCAUCUGCUUUUUGUUGUUUAGACAAGCCUGGACAUUUCUGUACACACAAUCCUCAGCUAUAGCAGAAGAAGAAAUUCAGGGGAAGAAAAUCAUGCCUUUGUUCAGUAAAUCGCACAAAAAUCCUGCUGAGAUUGUAAAAACUCUGAAAGAAAGCAUGGCCAUAUUGGAAAAGCAAGAUAAAAAAACAGACAAGGCAUCAGAAGAAGUGUCAAAAUCACUGCAAGCAAUGAAGGAAAUUCUGUGUGGUACUAGUGACAAGGAGCCGCCAACGGAAACAGUGGCUCAACUGGCACAAGAAUUAUACAACAGUGGCCUGCUAGUGACACUUAUAGCCAACUUGCAGCUGAUAGAUUUCGAGGGCAAAAAGGAUGUGUCCCAGAUAUUUAACAACAUCUUGAGAAGACAGAUUGGCACUCGAAGCCCUACUGUGGAAUAUAUUAGUGCCCAUCCACAUAUCCUAUUUAUGCUUCUAAAAGGGUACGAAGCACCACAUAUUGCCUUACGCUGUGGAAUUAUGCUGAGAGAAUGUAUCCGGCAUGAGCCACUUGCCAAAAUCAUCCUUUUCUCAGAACAGUUCAGAGACUUUUUCAAAUAUGUGGAAAUGUCAACGUUUGACAUCGCUUCUGAUGCCUUUGCUACAUUUAAGGACCUGCUAACGAGACACAAAUUGUUGGUAGCAGAUUUCCUAGAACAAAAUUAUGACACAAUCUUUGAGGACUAUGAAAAACUGCUUCAUUCUGAGAAUUAUGUCACAAAGAGACAAUCUUUAAAGCUGCUGGGUGAACUGAUUCUGGACCGACACAACUUUGCCAUCAUGACAAAAUACAUCAGCAAACCAGAGAACCUGAAGCUAAUGAUGAACCUGCUGCGAGAUAAAAGCCCCAACAUUCAGUUUGAGGCAUUCCAUGUGUUCAAGGUAUUUGUGGCCAGUCCAAACAAAACGCAGCCUAUCGUGGAGAUUCUAUUGAAAAACCAACCCAAGCUAAUUGAGUUUCUGAGCAAUUUCCAGAAAGAGAGGACAGAUGAUGAACAGUUCACCGAUGAGAAGAACUACUUGAUUAAACAGAUCCGAGACUUGAAAAAGCCAACACCAUGAAGAUCUCCCCUAAUUUCCCAUCGUAGGCAUUAAAUCAUAUUUGUUCAGUUCCUCCCAUGUGUCAUUUAACAACACAAUAGCGCUUGAGAAGUGCCUGUUUGAUUCUUUGUUCACAUAGAUGUCAAGAGUAUAAAGGUCUUACAUGAAAACUAAAAAAAAAAAAAAGUCUAGAAUAAUAUAUUAUUUCUAAUCAAGUCUGUGAUUAUUUAUGUCAGUUUAGACACCCUCUGUAUUAGAAGCUGGUAAGGUAGAUUUUCAUAUGUGCACUCCAGAAGAAUGAACCUCUUUGCUCUUGCUUUUAUCCGCAAACUUGAGCUCCCCAUAAAUGCACAAAGUAGGAGCUCAGAAGAUUGUAACUUUAUCUUUUUCUUUGCACUUGUAGUUGUGAAUUUGUUUUAGUUCUGCGUACACAUGAGGACUGUGAAAGAGGGUUUUGGGCGACUGACUUAUCUACACUUAGGUAGUAGAUUUGUUAGCUAAAGCAGUGGGAAAUAGAUUUGAAAAAAUAAGGUUCACAUUUUCACUUUAUUGUUAUGUUCGUUCAUUCCUUCAGUCUUUUUUAUUUCACUCAAGCUCAGAGCUUUCCCACCAGUUUGACCAACUGAACCUGGGAACUAGGCUAAUACUUUGGGUGGGGCAGCCAGUGCCCACUGCCUCCCAUCCCUCUGUAUCUGAUCUAACCCUACAAUGCAGCCGAGGCUGCCCCAGACCCCAGUCUUUGUAAUAAGACUGAUCAGGAGAAGUCCUAGCUCCACUGGGAAUUAGAACAUGCACUUUGAAUGGGAGCCAGGCAAUACAUCAGGGCUAAGGGCAGAGGUGUAUUGCUAAGGACCUGCUCCUGCUCCCAUUGAAAUAAGUAGAAAUUUUAUCAUUAACUUCAGUGGAAACAGAAUUGGGCCUUAUUCAGCACUUCUUAUUCUGGGCACAGUCCUGAAGCGUGCAUCUCCCAUUGGCUUCAGUGUCAGUGGGGGUACUCGGCACUUCACAGGAGUGAACCCUAAGCUGAGUCCUAAGGGAAGCCCAGGUAGAGUAUCAGUGAUACAAGCCUAAAGUACCAAUAUCUGUGCCAAUACAGUAUCUGUGCCAUGGUUGGGAACCCUCUGAUGUGGAUUCUGUAGUGGUUCAGUUACUGCUCCUUCAUACUUGCCUGUGCUGGGAACAUCAUGCCCAAAACAUUCAAACCUGGGGACCUAAAUCAGACUCUGAAAUUCUUAUUUAGGCAUCUGAAUAGAAAUGGCCUAACUCCGAGUAGCUGAGCAACCCCAGCUUCCCUGGAGUCAAUGGGACCUGCAGAGGCUCAGCCCCCCUGAAAAUCAAGCCACUUCUUGUAGAAGCUUGAACAUGGUUCUAGGAAUGUAACUUUGGGCUCGCAGGGUUAGCAUGUUCCAUUUGAUUUGUUCAGAUGUGAAUGCAGUUUCUUUGCUAGAGGCUGAACAUCGUGGAAGUGGAAAUCAUUGCACUGUGAUGUUUAAGAUAAAUAAAGCCUUGGGUCCAAAAAGAGUUGCCUAGACAUUAUUGCCAUCAUUUUUUCUUCUUCUUGGAAAUAAGCACUGUGAUUCUGGGUAUUUUGUUUGGUGGAGGAGUUUGAGAGUGGGGAGAGAAUAUCUUGAAGUAUUUCUUCCGUUAGCUUAAAUCUGAGUUUUUCUGUUUGUUGAGUGAAACAUUGUUCUCCAGCUAUAAUUGCAUAGCAAAUACUUCAGUGAAAGGAUAGAAAUCAGGUGAGAUUUUUGUCCAUAAAACUGUUGUAUAUUAAGGUGAUUGAGAAUUUAAUUUGUAUGCUUUAGAAAAGGGGUGAACCGAAACAAAUAGGUCAUCAACACUUGGUUUACGUUGAAGGUGUCAGGCAUAGACAAAAAAUGUAUAUCUUAGCUGCUUGAAAUUUUAAAAUUAUAUUUACAAGUUAUUAAAGGCAUGGUUACUAAUUUA